AUGAUGUCCGGCCGCAUUCCCCAACCUCAAGAUCCGGAAGAGCUGAACCGUCAGAGUUAUUCGAACUUCCUCCAAAUCCCACAAAACGCCAUCAAUCGAGACAACGUACUUACCUACUUUUGCGACCCCAAGAACCCCUUCUACGAUAAUCAGUCGGAUAACGAGCAGUUGCGGAUGCAACGGCAAAGCACAAUGCCAAAUGGCAUUGCCUUCAUUGAGGACAUGCUGCCACAGUUAAAGUGAGUGCGAUUUAAAUUUGGUAAGAUUGUAAGAUAUAUGAACUUUCUGAUGGCUUACGAGUCGUUUUGAGUUGAUUUCUGUUUGUUUUGAGGAAUUUCAUGUUUUCGUGAUGAGACCAAAAAUUUAAACCCAAAAAAAAACGAAGUUUUAAUUUAUAUUGAAAAUUACUAAAAAAUCCAAUGGCGAAUAAUGUUUGUACAGACACUUAAAACAUUUUACAACGUUUUUUAAAGUAUUCAAGUUUUCGUGUCAAGACCUGAAUUUUUUUUUGAAAAUUAAGUUCAUACUUGGAAGUACAUGUAAAAUACGUGCUUCAAACCUACGUAUGCAAAAAUUUUUUAUUUUAGUCGCAUGGUGAACGGAAUCCAGUAUGUUGUACAUGAUGGUCAGCCGCCUUUAUUUGUAAUACGAAAACAGCGACGGACGAGUGUUAGUCAAUGUAAGGAGGUUUUAGAAGGGUUGUUGAUGGCUUUUUGAGUACAUAAAGUUAUUUUUGACAUGUUUUUGAAAAAAUUUAAAAAAAAAUUUUUUUUGAAAUUUUAUGAGAUUUUUAAAAAUUUGAAAUUUUUACGAAAAAGAUGGUAAGUAUCUAAUAUUGACCAUUUCGAGACCAACCCCUAGCCUUUUACUACGUCCUAAACGGCGUAGUGUACCAAGCCCCCUCCAUCUACACCAUAGCCCAAUCUCGACUGGUCGGAGCCGUAGAACCGCUGAAAAAAGGCUUUACAGAAGCCCUCUCCUACCUAAGAUUCAAUGUGAACAAAGGCUACUAUUGGGAGUUCAAGGACGGUCAAAAGAAGAGUGGCUCCAAGGAAGAGCCCCAAGAAGUACCAAACAGUCAGAAGAAGGAGGACGAGCCAUGGAACACCAGAGCGACGCCAUAUCAACACAAUAGGACAGAGAUGCUGUUAGCCUAUCUGAAGGAAGAGUUUUCGACCGAAAAGACGGAAAAGGUAGGCUGGAAGGAAAGUUUUUGUCAUUUUUUGUUUUGUAAAGAAAGUUCUUGCCAUUUUAUAGUUUGGAAAGAAAGUUUUUGCCAUUUUUUGUUUUGUAAAGAAAGUUCUUGCCAUUUUUUGAUUUGUAAAGAAAGUUCUUGCGUUUUUGGGUUUGUACUGAAAGUUUUUGCCAUUUUUUGUUUUGUAAAGAAAGUUUUUGCAAUUUUUGAAAUUUCAGCCAAAAACCAACGGAACUCGACCAAACUCAGCGGCCGCAACCCCUCAAAUCGGCGCUGCCACUCCUCAAAUCACGGAUAAUGCUACGUUUUUGGCCCCAACAGCACCAAUUUCCCAACCAAUCUCUGGUGCUCAAGCCAAUGUUGGCCUAGACCUGCCUGGAGUGCUGCCAAUGUCAAACUCAAAUGCGUCACAUUUCAUUGGAGCGGCCGUGAAACAGAAGAAUGAAGCCAUGGACACUAGUUAA